GAACUCUCGAGACGAUCAACAAACCACAGCCCAACAAGCCAUUACACAUUAAUUGGCCGUCCAGUCAUUCCCAGCAUGUGCCUUCAUUCCAGCUCUUCAUAACCUCCAGGUCAAGCGUGUAGCUCAUCUACGAUGGAUCCGCGACUUAUCCUUGUUUUUGCGGUCUCCGCCCACUUUUGUAGUUUAAUAGGUGCCGACGGGCCAGUUUACGAUGGUGUUCCACCCAAACCAAGCGCAGACCCCACACCUGGUAGCAAUUUUAUCACGCAGACCGUCUAUGGCUUCCUGGACUUCACUACUACUAUAGGAAAUACCGUUAUGGUCUUCUCACCCCAGUCUGCUCCACCACCAGAACCACCAAAAACUGAGAAAUCUGUACAAGAGAAUAUUAUAGAGACAAAACCACCACCUCCAUCGGUCACAAGUGCCAAACCAGAAGCCAUAAAACCAAGUAAAAUAUCAGAUAAAGAUAAUACAAAUAAACCAGCUGCUCCUGCCGUGAUAUCCAGUGCUGUAACAGUAGUAUCUUCUCCAUCAAAAGAUGAUAAAGUCCCUAAUGUACCAAAAUCUGUCAAAAACGAACAAAAACAAAUAAUAACAAAAGUGGAAGUUGUAGCUGGACCAUCUAAAAUUGUGGAAAGCAGUCCUCUUAAAUCCACGCAAAAAUCUAAUAAGCAAAGUUCUCAGCCUAAGAAACCAAAACCGGAUAUAAAAAGUGUUACUAACAUUGUAAGUAGCAAAGUUGAAGUUAAACAAGGACCUCCUCCAUCAGUCGUUAACUCCAAAUUAAGUAGUGUUGUAGAAAUUAAAUCAAGCCAAGCUGAAGAAGAACCUGCAAUCCUUAUAACCAAUAACAAUAUAGGAGAACCAGAAUAUGAUUUCCUUUCACGUCAACCUUCUGAAUUUGUUGAGGAAACCUAUAAGGUGAUUAAUAUACGACCUUCAAAAACGCACGGACCUAAACCCAAGCAUGGACAUAAAAAUAGAGUUCACCAACCAACCCCCCCUCCUGAAGAUGACGAACAUCCUAUCGGCCUUGUCACAACACUCGGGGGUACUAUAGUUAAAGAUGGACUCACAACAGUGCACGAAACAAGUGUUAUAGGAACAUAUAUAUCGGGGAAGUACGCUCAAGUCUUAAAUAGUAAUUCAAAAGUACUGCCAGCUUCAGGUCAUAGAGCUAAAAUUUCUCCAAGCCCUACUCAUAAAAUCUUAAAAACCGCUGCACCAGGAUUUAAUAAAAACAGAUAUAAUUUGGAACCAACGCCGUCCGUAAAUGAUGAAGAUAGUAGCAAAACUACUCGUAGACAUUCAAGUAACGGAAGCUCAUUUAAAAAUCGUCAUAAACUACAAAGUAGUCAAGACAAUGACAGCCACGAUAGUUCUCCUACUCAAAGUAAGAAAUAUAAAAACAGGAAUUCUUCACAAUCCCACCGGACCCAAAGUACACGUUUUGGCCGACGUUCAAACACUCCUCAACUGGCAACCGUCUCUGUUUUCAGUGAACCAACAGCGUCAUCGUUUUCCAACCGAAGAAAGAGCAAUAGAAAUUCUGGACAUAAGACCACUGUUACGCCAUCGAAUAAUGACAACCAAUCAAGGCGCGGCUUCAAACCUAGAGUUCAAGCAACUCCUGUUGAACAAGUUACUCCUUCCGCGUCAACUAGUGUUUAUAAAUUUAAAUUAAAUCGUUCUCCAGGGUCCGGACGAUGGCAGUAUAAAACCAGCCCUAAACCAAAAGUUACGAUACGGAAAAUGGCUGGCGACGAUGACCAGACUACACCAAAUCCUAAUCCGCUUUUAGAUGACACACAAUCUAAUGAACUUUCUCCUCAAGCUCGGUCUGAUAACGACCUUGAGUUAUCAGGUUCACAAAGUGGUCUGGGCACACUACUUGAAAAUGAUACAGAAGAUAAUUCUAUAGAAAAACCACCACCAGUCGAAACAUUAAAAGUAGAAAUUUCUACACCAGCCGACUUCAAAGAUGUUUAUUAUGAAAUUGCUACAAUCAAGUCUCCUUAUACUUUUCAGGUUGGACGUGUCAAAAAUACCCGGAUUAUCACAGUUACAUCUACGAUAGAAAAACGCAUUGAACCGACUUUAGUUCUUAAUUCGCAAAGUUCUCUCAACGAACCGUUGACAGAAAACAUAUUAGCGACGGCAUCUCCGUAUGGAAAAGAUCAUAACUUACUAGAUUCUAGUAUCGCUACUUUACCACCUAUCACUUUAUCUUCAGACAUGGAAACCCCACCACUAGAAACAGUUACGGAAACAUUUAGUACUACACAAAACAUGCUUAAAACACAUAUUCUACCUGUCGUUAGAGAUGUUAACAUAACAAGCAGUUUAACUUUUAUACAAACAUAUCAAGUUACAAGAUUUGUCACUGCUACCAAAACUCUACCACCAAUGGACUUUUAUCAAUUUAUUCCCAGCAAAACACUCAAAGAAUUUAAUAGCCGGCUAGAUGAGGCUGGUUCAGAGCUACACUUAGAACUUGAUUUUGGAGACAGCAAUGAAGAUGAAGAGGGAGUGCCAAGGCGCGUUUUCCCAUCUGAUUUGGAUCUUGCUAACGUAGGAUCUGAGUUCGAUCUUGCAGAAGUGGAUAAAUAUAGAUUGCCGGAUAACCACCUUAGGUUAAAGAAAGCUCACGGCCAGAAUAAAUCUAAUCAAGUUACUGAAGCACCAAGUCCACCAACUCCGGCACUUACUCCCGAACAAGCGCAACAACUGGCUCUCCUAAGGUUAUUGAAUCCAGCAGCAGCCGCGCAAAUCCCUAAUGUGGUAACAACCUCAAAACCUAUACUAAAAUAUGAGACCAUAUACGAAUCGCACGUUAUACCCGUGUUCGAUGGAAAGAACACAAUCCAGAGCACUAUAUCAAGACCAGUGGCUACUGUAACAAAAACGGAGUACGAAGUAGGUACAAGUAGCCUACCAGCGCUCCCAUUGCAGCCGAUUAACCCUCUGUUCCCUCAGCAGCAGUUCUCAGUAACUUCGACGCCUGUUGUUCUGAACACUGAAGUUACUGCCACGGACAGUCAAGUUCUCAAACUGACUUUCGGCGCCAAGACAGUGUACACGACAUUGUUUACAACUAAAGUAGUACCCACUAUCCUCACUUCGUACGUAACGUCCUCAGUACCGGUGGCUCCCAGCGCCGGCUACCCGGGAUAUUUCCCCGCGCCAUUUGCACCGUUCCCUUACGUAGGAUAAUCGAUAGAGUUAAGGCAAUCGAGACGAAGUUGAGAAAUAUGAACUGCAAAGUGAAAAUAUAUCAAAGUUUCCAAGUGAACUGAACUGUGUAACGUAAGUGCGUUAUUGUAGUGCCUGCGAUAAACUAUAUUGCGCGAGUGUGUGAGCUACAGAGAAAGCAGAAUGUCGGGAUUUAUAGCCUUUGUGGGAACACGAAAACUCUAAAGUUAUAUUUCUUGUAAAGUUUUCUGAGCUCGCCGCGCCAUUGCGUGUUACGAAACGGUACGGUAAUGUUUGCUGACGUGGCUAUUAUAAAAGUACAUAGUAAUUUACAAUGUAACCAGUAAAAGAUUUGUAAAUAACGUAUUUAUAUAAAUAGAACAUUUUGUAUAUAGAUAAAUUGUAGGUGUAAUAUUAAUUCAUAAGAAAAAUUGUAGAUAAUAACUGUAAUAAUUUGUAAGUACCUACUUAAAUAUUUUGAUACGUUUUGUAUGAAUUAUUACUUACUAGAGUAAA